AAUGCUGUACGCCACAACCUGAGCCUGCAUAAGUGCUUUGUGCGAGUGGAAAAUGUCAAGGGAGCAGUGUGGACAGUAGAUGAACAUGAGUACCAAAAGAGAAGGCCACCAAAGAUGACCGGGAGUCCAACUUUAGUGAAAAACAUGAUUUCUGGCCUUAGUUAUGGAGCACUUAAUGCCAGCUACCAGGCAGCUCUGGCUGAGAGCAACUUUCCUCUUCUGAAUAGUCCCACCAUGAUCAAUACAAGCUCCACUAGUGGCAUGCUGCACAUAGGCCAUGAUGAUGUGAGCAGCACUGUAGAACAAGUCAACAGCAAUGGCAGCAAUAGCCCCCGGCUUUCACCACAGCAGUACAACCAUCAAGUGCAUGUGAAGGAAGAACCAACUGAGACAGAAGAUGACAGCAGACCUGUUUCUCUCAUGGCAACUACCAAUCAGAAUGUGACGAUUCCUGAUGACAGAGACCUAGAGGAGGAACUGCCAGUGGAAGACUUGUCUUAAGGGCCCUUCAUCUUCAUGUAGGGUCCAUCAUUUCCCAGAGACAAAGCAAUGGCUCCCAUCUCCUCAAGGUGACCUUCAGCAUUACUUAGUUAAGGCACUUCUACAAAGCAAAAGGCUUUCCAUGAGCCUACCCACUGCUGAAGGCACACACUUUUUCCCCCCUUUUUACAUCCCAAUGACUCUUAAAAGACAUUCACAGAGGGGAUGUGGGG